CGGUGUCGAGCAGCGCGUUGAUAUGGACGAGAAGAGCCGGCAGCAGCAGGACGCUUUCCAGAAUCAGGCCGGCUCGUCGCUUUCUUCGUCCUCUUCGAGCGUCGGUGUCGGUGGCGGCGGUAGUGUUGUUGUUGUUGUUGGCAAUGGUGGCGGUAGUGGUGCGGUUAGCUGCGACUCCGUUCGAUCCGAUACCGGUGAAUCGUCCACCUAUAGCAGUCUGAGCAGUCCCGAGAGUCAAAGUCAAUCGGCACACGACGGUUUGUCGGCCGCCGCGGCGACGGUUAGCGGCGGUAGUGCAUGCGCGCAGCAGGCUGCGCGUCAGCCGCCGUUGUCGUGCAUCAACAACUCGAACAGUAAUGACAAUGCUGGUCAACAAAAUGUAGUGCUUACGAUGAACGGUAGUGCGGUGGUUACGCAGCAGCAACAGCAACAUCAACAAGCGAUUACAGUGCCACGUGGAUGGAAAAGGAUAUGCACCAACGGGGUCAUCAUUUACAUCAGUCCAAGCAGUACAGCGCUGGGUUCGCUGGAUCAGCUGAAGGAGUACCUGACGACAGUGGGAACCUGUAAAUGCGGUCUCGAGUGCCCGCUAAAACCUGAACAGGUCUUCAACUUCGACCCCAAGGUUGCGACACGACCUUGGAGCCCGGAUCAGGGCAAGACGCAGGAGAUGACCAAGCUUUGCAACCAUAAGAGGAAACUUUUGCUGCCAAUAACGGCGGCCAGCAGUCCUGUUGCAUCCUGUACACCGGCGGUCUCCUCGUCGACUUUAUCCUCUGGCCCGCCUGUAGCCGCGAUCCACGUGAAUGCGGACUCGCCCACCUCGCCGGACAAGGCCAGGAAAGAUGGUCUGAGCAAAAAGAAGAAGAGAAAACAAGGGGGGGUCGGAGGCAUUUUUUCCGGGGUCUCGGUUUCACAACUUAUGGCACAACGCGACAGGGCUAUUGUUGCGGCAUCUGGAGUUCAAGGGUCGUCGGUGCCAAAUAGAUCACAGGUGUGGCCAAUCGCAAUCCCCAAUUUGCAAGUUCAGCAGAGCAAUCAACAGAUCUGUCAUCAAACGCUAAACUCACCCUCGCAAAAUCAAGACGUAAACGGCUGUGCAACGAGAAAUCCUCAGCAAAGGUUAGGUCAGCAUAACAUGUCUGGGAUGCUAAUGGGAAAUCCUCUGAUCAUGAAUCAGCAAAACGCUAACUUCAACAACAUGACUCAGCAGCAACAACAACUGUUGCAACAACAGCAUCAACAGCUUAUAUUGCAACAGCAACAACAGCUUAUGCAACAGCAUAUAUCUCAGCAACAGCAGCAGCAACAACAACAACAACAACAACAACAACAGCAGCAGCAGCAACAACAACAACAGACGCAACAGAUGUUGCCGCAUCAUCAACAGAUGCAACAUAUGCAAAUAUUACAACAGCAAGAGCAAUCGCAACAUCAAAACGCGGUUGUCAAUCAGCUAACGCAACAGCAAAUUCCUCAUUAUCUAAAUCAAUUAAAUCAACAACCGAUGCACGUGAUGCAACAACAGGAACACUUGAAUCAACAGCAGCAACAGCAAUUGCACAUGCAGCAAAUGCAAAAGCAUAAGAUGCAGCAGCAACAACACCAGCAUUUGACUCAAGAGGUCGAUCAACAAACGGGGAAUUACAAUCCUCAGCAUUCCUCGGAGAAUUACGUGCAUCACAUUCAACCGUCGCAGAUAUCUCAGCCUGCUAUUCACCCGCAGUUACAUCAACUUCAUCAGCAUCAAAUGCAACAACAGACCCAACAGCAUCAACCUAAUCAACACGUGAUACAAGCUCAGGCAACCGAUCAUUUUCAAAUGCAAAUACAGCAAUUACAGCAGCAGCAACAGCAACAACAACAGCAGCAGCAACAACAACAACAACAACAACAACAACAACAACAAGUAUCUCAGGCUUGCGUUCAGCCUCAGUAUCCUAAUCAACAGUUGAACCAUCACUCGUUGGAUGUCAUGCAACAACAAACUUCGGGCGCUGUGAUGAACACGAUCAACGCUGGUGAUAUUCAAAACAGACAUAAUCGUACACCUUCCGUUACGGAAGAAGAUCUAAAUGUGAAGCAAAUGCAGCAACAGCAACAACAGCAGCAGCAGCAGCAACAACAACAACAGCAGCAGCAGCAGCAGCAGCAGCAGCAACAACAACAGCAACAGCUUUUAUUGCAUAAUCAUCCGAUGCAGCGGCACCACGUCGUACAAAAUGGAAACUUGACGAGCAACCCGCACGAGAACGUGCAACGAAUGUACGCUCAGAAUCAGGUUCAGUAUCCUGCGAGGAAUUUCGAUGCUUCUAAGGGAACCACUGCUGAUGUCAAACAUCAGCAGCAAUACACUUUGCCUAAUCUAGCGGGAAGGAGCCCGAACACCAAUCACACCGUUGAAGCACAAUCUGGUAUGGGACCAAACGGACAGCCCGGAAAUAUGCAUUUCACCUCGAGAACACCGCCCUGGCAACAAAACCGACCGGCGUCUGGUUCUCACCAGCCUUCUCUCGUCACGGUCCAGAAUAUUACCUGCAACUCCUUCGAUCGUGUUCCGCCCUUGCAUCAUCACAUUCCACAAGCCACCACCUGGACCGACGAGGUGGCUCGCAAAAAGGCAAAGUCCAACAAAGUAAUGGUGAAGAAGCAACGCCAGCACAGCGUCACGGACGUCAGGAACAGUAGCCUCGAUCAACCAGCGUCGAGUCCGAUCGACGAGUUCAACGAGAAAAGUCAUCAGAACAAUAGUCAGAUAGGUUCGACCGUCAACAGCAGCGGUCCGUCGUUUUUGGAAGACCCUAGUGGUUACCUAGCACAGCAGACUGCGUUGUUGAACAGCACGAUAUCGAGACAAACGGGCGUCAGUAGUUCGCAAGUGGGAAUGGUUAACAAUUCGAAACCACCGCAGACGAAUCACGGAUCCCACUUACCUAAUAACGCGUAUCUUCCACAACCAAAGCCUUCCUCCAGCGUUAGCCCCACAAGUACAUCGACGUUCAAUUCGGUGAAGAAUCACGCGACCUCUCCCGUUGUCGUGCACAGCAGCAUGACGCCCACGUCGAGCAGCGGAGGAACAGAUUCGGAGGGUAGCCCUUGUCAAGGUUGCGUUACCAGCGCAGAUACGCAGUCCUAUGUGCAGGAUCAGUACAAGCAGCAAAUGCAGCGACAGUACCUGAUGCAUUCAGAUCAACGCGAAGAUCCUGUUACGUCGUCCACGUUUGGGGAGCAGUACCAGAACAACCAACAACAAGCUGAUUCGAGACCAAUUCAAGGCGGCACGGUGAGCACCAGCCACGGAUCUCCGAUCGGAACGAACAGUCCAGCAAAUUCGGACACGCCAGCUUCCUCAACGCCCGGAAUAUCGCAGCCGGCGACGCCGCAAAGUUUAAUCUCAUCGCAACCUUCCACGCCUCAUAGUUAUUCGCAACCGCCAACACCUCAUUCGCACGCUACUUCUGGUCAAGUGCCAUCUCAACCUUUAACGCCACAAGCUCAGCAACCGUCGCAGUCUUCGAUGAGCAGCGGCGUGCAGGAGCAACGUUCCGAAACGCCUUGCUCCGCUACAACGAACACGAGCGGCGUCCCUCCUACCACGCUCUCGUUGCAAACGUCCUCGUCCGCCCCGGACAACAUGACACCUCAGAUAACCAAAAGGCAAACCUCAAGACAAUCGUCUUUGGACGGUUAUCAGCCGCAUCCGCACACCGUAAACGCUGUUUCCAGAGUACCUAUGAAUCACUUUAGCGGUACGUCGUCGGUGAUAACUACUAUGGCCAGUGGACACACCGUCAGCAGCAACACUAUCACGUCCGUGCUAGCAGGAAGAGCGAACACAGCCACGGUUUCGAUCAACACGCCUUCUGGAAUACCAAAUCCCGCCAUACCGGAUAUACUUUCGAACAAACCUCAGCAUCAAGCAUCAACGACGACGUUAACGAACGUGCCCACCACUACUGUUACGCAUACUUCUCUACCGAGCAGUCAACCGUCGAUGCCAAUAAGCGUCUCGAAGUCGCCAUUGGAGAUGGUGCAAAGCGUUGUCAGUAGUAUACAAGUACCUCAGACCAGUACCACCUCGUCGGUUCAACCGCAAAAUCAACAACAACAGCAGCAACAACAACCACAGCAGCAUCCUCAGUCCAACGUUCAAGUACACAACGUUCUUACGUCUGGUGGAAUACUGAAGCACCCCGCUAGUUCAACUCUACCUCCUGGCCAUAUACUUGUGUCCAGUGGUGGCCAACUAAUAAUGGCCAGCACGGGGACGGGUAUCAACGGCGUGAUGGCACCUCCCCCUCCUAAAAUAAUUUCUAACGCCAGUUCUAUGCCACCGUUGUCGGUAUCGCCCAUGGUUACUAGCGUAACGGGCGCUGUUAGUCAGGUGAUCCCUGCAGUUGGCGUAGCUCAGCAAGUCAUAGGACAACCUACCGUACUAGUGAACACUAUUCAGACUCCUGUACUUAUACAGCCAGGCGUGAUGACAAUGGACAGCAUAGGGCAGAACGUCCAGAUACCGCAUCUGACCGUGGCUACUGGUAACGUGAUACAAAACGCUCAGUCGAUUCUGGACGCGAACCAAGACGUCGCGAGGAACGUGAACGCCAGUCAGGGAAUGGUAAAUCGGCAACCAGCGUUGCUGUCGCCAGAGUCGGCGAUAAGCAAAAAGAAAGCGUACAAGAAACGAAAGACAAACCCUCAGACGGUAGCCUCGAUGUUGCAUAUCGCAUCAUCACAACAGAACGCUGGCAUGUUGAUGCAAUCACAAUCAAACUUUGCCCAACAAAACUUUCAAACUCAGAGCAUAGGCGGCCCGAUGUUGCAAGCGUUGACCAUCGUACCGGGAAAAGGUGGAGCACCCGCCCAAUUGGUGAUGAACGGUCAGGCUGGCACGACCUCGGCUCAGUUCAAUGCUCAGCAAAUAAUCACGAAUCCUCAGCCGACCCAGCAAAUAAAUCUGCUCCAGCCGGUGAACUUAUUGAACGGAGCCGCUGGAAUGGUCCAAAAUUUCCCCACCAUUCAACAAUUUAUCGUUCCUGGCAUCGGGAGCAUGGUGAUGUCCGCCGAUGGAACAGCCACCUUGUUGCAAGACACUGGAAACCUAGGCAUGCAGCUGCAGAUACAGAACGUGAAUGGUCAGAACGUCUUAACCCCGGUUCAAAGUCACAGCGGGAUAUUCAAUCCCAGUCAAAGCAUCUUGGCAGCUGGUCCUGCUGGAAUGGUUAUUCGCGCACCGCAGGCAACCGGUGGAAAAAUUAUUCAGCAGCACAGUCCUGGCGCACAAUUUCUAUCGCCGAACAGUGGUCAGUUCCUAGUAAACGGUACCACGUCGUUCGGGAACCAGUUGAGCCCAAUAGUAGCCAACGUCAGUCCCAACCAGCAAGUGACGUUCAACACCUCGCAGGUUCGACCGUCUAACAUGCAGGGUCAACAAGAAUUCAUACAGAUGAACGGUCAAACGUUGAUGGUACCUUGCGGCACCGCACAAAACAUUGCUGUUUCAUCAGCGUCCAAUCAACAGAACACGACUUUCGUGCAACAAAACACCACGAUCGUGCAGCAACAGACCACCAUGGUGUCCAACAAUCAGAUACCCAACUUUCAAUCCGCAGCUUCUAACGGAACGGCCGUUGAUCCUUCUUUGAACAUCGAUCACAAUCAGUCGUACAUUCUUAGUUCCGGCAUGAUUCAAGGAAAGGCGCCGACUUCGCCGAAAAGUAACGUCAAUUCACCGUCCGCGGAUCAAAACGUCGAACAACAACAAUACGUUCUUGCAAGCAGCAGCACGACCGUCGUCGAAAAAACGGCGCAACAGAGCGACCAACACAGCCCUCUGAUGGCCAGACAUUCUGUGUCCACACAAACGGCAGGGAAUCAAGCUAACAUGGCACAGUCGGCUAUGAUGAGGCAAGGAUCUCCCCCGGAUACCACCACGCAUAGUCCAGGAAAUAGCCAGAGGUCAAACAGCCCUGCUGUGGAUACUACAACGCAUGGAGCAGCUUCACCGGCACCACCGAUUACAGUUAGACAUCAUUCGUCAUCCACGCCAAUGGUUCAUUGCGUGUCGAGCAGCGAGCCGGACUCAGCAGAUGUGCCGGUGCCGUCGGAGGACUGGAGGAUUCAGGGUAUCACCACGAAGGAAAUAACGCUUAGUCAGCCGGGUCUCCAUGGAAAGACAUAUGUGGAAUCGACGGUGACUACUGGGAUCCAGAUCUAUACGACAGAGACGUUGAAGCAAGCCGAAGGUGUGGUGAGCACAGUGAGGUGCGAGGGCAGGGAUCAUGCCCUCGGCCGUGGAAUCAAACGAAAACUGGACUCCAUCCAUUCCAUGCAUUCUACCCUGCAUGAAGACCAAGAUGCCGAGGCAAAGUCAGAGGAGAAGAGCCAGAGGAGACUGGAAGUGGGUGAGCUUGUAUGGGGCGCCGCAAGAGGAAGUCCGGCCUGGCCGGGCAAGGUCGAGUCUUUAGGCCCCCCGGGGACCAUGACGGUCUGGGUCCGUUGGUACGGGGGCGGGGGAGGUCGGAGCCAGGUCGAGGUCAAGGCUCUCAAGUCCCUCUCCGAAGGCCUCGAGGCGCACCACCGUGCGCGAAAAAAGUUUAGGAAAAGUCGUAAAUUGAACAUGCAGCUGGAGAACGCCAUACAGGAGGCGAUGGCCGAGUUGGACAAGGUGCCAGAGUCCGGGAAGGGUCAGAAGCCAACCGGAAGGUCGUGCAGGAUGACCGGAACCAAAGGAUCCGAGGGCAGCGGGGCCUCGAAGCCGGAUAGAAAGAGAUCGUCGAAGAAGUCCGUUGCCUUGAACUCCGUCGCAGCGGAGCAGAAGCAGUGUCGAUGAUCCUCCGUGUCCGUCGUCGACGAUACGCUGCUCUCUGAGGAAGCUUUCGACGAUAAAACGACGAAUCGUUUUGCGAUAUAGCAACACCGACACGCGUGCUCGUUCUACGUUGUUUUUAUAGUAACGUGACACAGUCUUUUUCGAUGCUUGGAAUUUUUACCUGUGCUUGAUAUUCAGUCUGAUACAUGAGAGAGAAACGUAAACCGGAGACGAAAGUAACGUGGAACGAGCGGAAUCGUUGCACAUUUUCUUCCCGAUGAAAAUGGCGCUUCUACCGACGAUCUCUCCUGACGAAUGUUUUCUCCGACGCGACGAGUUUGAUUUGUUUUUCUUUUCUUUUUUCUUUCUGUUCAUAAGUCGGAAGAGUUCGAACGCUUCCGCGAACGUCGGAGGAAGUUUCGACGAGUUUGUCGUUCGGGAACAAAAUAUUAGUGGACGAGAAAGAGAAGGGGAAAGUCGAUCGAUUGCGAUCGAGGAGACUGAAGAGAAACUAGGGAGAGAGAGGGAGGAGUAACGAAAAGGCACGGAUGUAAUUGAUUUACAGAAGAUUUUUAUUGGCUGAAAGUUAUUUCGUAGUCGGGGACGUAUCUCGACGUGAUAUAGGAUAAUUUGUCGUUAUCUCACCCACGAUCAUUCGCUGCUAGCAUGUAUAAUUGUAGCGGACACCACUUUCCUAUUAUAAUUGAUCACUCGCGAUCGUGUGUAUUAAUUAAAGAGGCAAAACUAUUUGCUGUAAUAUUGUGUAAAUCGUAGGCUAUCGUCGUUCUACUUUUAACAGUAGGAUCGGAUGUACCCUUAAUUUGUUAAGAAUAUUUGAAGAAUUUACUCGACGCGUUUCUGAAACGAAAUUGUUGGAUUAUCGAUGCGUAUAUUUCCCUUCGGCGCGCGAUUUAACAGGAAAAUGGUGAAGAGUAGAACUCAAUUAGGGAAAGAACGAAGUUUCGAGGUCGAGUUGUCGCUGGGCAGAACGUGUGUGAUUUACGUACAGGGUGGAGAAAAGUUAUUUGUUGCGACGAACACGAAAUAAAUACAAUCACAAUUAGCAAUGGCUUGGCGUCGAUUGGAUGGAGUUUAUUCAUGAAUCUGAAUCUUUCAAUGUACCAAGAAUUUUAAAUAACCGAAUGAGCGUUAGAAAAUAAAAAUGGUGUUGUUCGAAUCUACCUUUUUGUCCUAAUAUUUGAAACAAGAUAGAUUGCAAUAAAUAUACGAUGUUACUAUAUUUUAUCUAUAUUUUAUUCUGUAUUUUGUCUCUUGUUUUAAUCCACACUAGUAAACUAUCCUUAAAUGGAAUAAAUUUCUGGCAUUCCGGAAGAAAUAUUUCAUUCUAAUCGAUUCUUUAAGUGUAGUUUAAAAAAAAUGGAAGACUACGAUUUUAGAUUAUUCAGAAAAUUGAAUUAAAUUUUUUCUGACUGUACAGCACUCAUUUCUGAUCGAUCAAAUCUAGUUUUUGAAAUCUAUUUGAGCUUUUACAAUAUUCUGUUAAUUAUUUUGCGUAGUUUCUUAAAUAUGUAGUAGGUGAUAUUAUGGAAUCGAUGCAAUAAAAAGGAAUUAUAUUAUCUACUUUUACAGUAUAUCUUCGUUAGCAUUUAUCGAUGUUCUAUUAGAAAGCAAGAAUGAUCAUUUCACCAAUCGUUACCUGUUUAUUUUCUAACCAAUUCUCCAAAAUAUUGAAAGCGUAAAGCAUAAUAAUGUCACGAAAGAGACCAACUAACCCAUGCCAGAGCUUUGACGAUUCUUUAACGAAAGGCCAGCGACAAAUAACUGUACCCUAUACCGAAAGAUCAGCGAGCGAUGGAGAAAGUUUUUCCAAAAUCCGAUAAGCGUUUGCCUAGCGAACGGAAGAAAAGAAGCGUUGGAAUUAGUUGUACUUUAUUCGCAAACUCGAGCGGCUAACGAAUAUUAACGAGCGAGUGUCCUUCCGUUUCUAAACGAUUCCUGCAACCUUUCGAUUAGAGACGUUUUCGAAUGUUACAUUAACAUUCACGAAUAGGAUGUGUGAUAAGAAGAACAAUGGAUGUUUGUAUCUCCAAAACUUUAGUCGCCGCGUAACAGUAACAGAUUAGAAUCGACGGUCGGUCGGUGGUUCCAAUUUUAAAACGACGAACGCACCUUCGCGCGUGAACCUGUAUUUUUUUUAAAAAAAUACAUCUCAAAGAAACAGAGUGAACGACACGAGCAUGCAAGUAGGUUUAAAACAAUAUUUUUGCGAACGAAUCAACGCGUCACAGUACCUACAGAGAGAAUACUAUUCCCAAUCAAUCAUUUUUUAGAUGGCUAUACAUAAGUAUACAAGGAAUAAUUCUUUUACUGGGACGUCAUCGUGUUGCAUUGUAAUAUUUAAACAGUCUCGACACGUUGAAAUCCUUUUUAACCCUGUGCCAGCUACGGGACUGGCGUUUUUUGAUCCGCGUAACGAUUUUGUAACAUUAUUCCUUAGAUGGUAAAGUAACGAAAAAAGAAAAAAAACAGAAAAUAAAAAAAUAAACUAAAUAGUGUAUCGAUGCCGCGACUCGAUAUUCUACAAACGGAACAAAAUAUAAAAACGAAACGAAGCUUGUACAUAAGAAAAUGGCCCGAUUAAUUAAGAAUCGGAAGUCUCUGCGUGGUGUCACGCCCGGAUUUUAAUCGACGCGCGAUGAACUUCGAACGAGACGGGGCUUUCGGAUAGCUUGAAGUCAAUUUCAUUUGAAAAAAGUAGGAAAAAUGAACAAAAAAAAAAAAAAAAAUUAAAAACAAAAAUAAAAUAAAUACAAAGCAUCGACGAAUCUUUCGCGAAAAUAAUUUUCCACUUUUUUGCUUCAGCGAUUCGAUCUCGUACGUGCGAUACCGAGUACCUCGCCCUUAUUUUUGUAUCGACACGAGUAUUAAAAAGCAACGCAACACCAUUGUCGCACAACUUAGCCCCGGAGACACGAGAUAUGUUCCUUUGCAUGCACGUACGCAUAAAUAUGUACAAAAACCAUACAGAGAGAAACGUUUAAAAGUUAGUAGGAUAUACGCAGCAAGUAUCGAACGGAUAUUUUUAGUUGAUCGACCGCGGAUAGUCGAACACACCGAUUGUCCACGAAACGUUUCGGUCCCGGCGAAGCUUACGAUUAACGCAUUUCUUACCAGUAUCUGGGACUUUUGCACGAUCCGACCGAGCAAUUCGUGAAAAUUCAUUCGGGGAUCGGGAAUAUUUGGUGAGCGAUACGUUAGCGACGAAGCUUUCGGUAGGUCUGAACACGCAACAGACAGACAAUAAAGAAGAUGCAAGUAUCAAAAGAAACAAAAAGAGGGUUGCGCGAAUUCUUUACCAAGACUUGUCACUUUUAGCGUCGAAUAUCAUUUACGAGCCGUCGAUUACUCGUUGCUACACCAAAAACUGCGGACUAAAGCUGCUGUAAACGUGUAAAGGGGACGAUUCAGUCCUCUCGAAGAGAAAUCAAACAAUAUACUAAAUUUGUAUACACUUCGCAGGCUGUUUUCCGUGACUGGUCUGAAUAUUUUACUAUGAAAAGAGCCUGAUAGGACUCUUGACGUAAUAUAUUAUUACGUGAAAUAUCUAAAAGCACGGUGGACCAAAAUCAUUUUCAGUAAAUUAUCGCUCGACGACAGACGUUACUUUCGCUUUAGUUCUCGUACAGAGGGUUUACGAAAUGCUUGGCCAAAGCUUUUGAGCUUGUCGAAAUCGUAUUCGGUAUAUAAACUUGAAAAUUUUGGAUAUUUAGUUGUUUAUACAAACAUUGAGAUUUAAAGAUUUUCAGAAAUGAGAACUACUUCCACUGACACGUACCUAAGAAGACUAGUUCAUGAAGUUGAUUAACAUAUUCAAUAUUUUCAGAAAAAAAAACAAUUCUUCUGUGCAAGUUUAUAAAUAUAUGCGUCAAGUGCAAUUGAGAGACAGUUGAUGCUUUCCAGCUGUCCUCGAGUCAACAGGAAACACAAUUAUACCCACUUGUAUUCGUACACUAUAAUGGUGAUUUAUUAUAAAUGAAAACAAACUUGUUCCUUAUGAAUUCACUUUUUGUAACUGGUAUAAGUUUAAAUUAAACAUAAAUCUUGUCAACGGUCGUGCCUCGUUGGACACACUGAUUCUCGUUCGGUCAUCAAAAUGCAGCAUCAUUGGGCUGCGUGCAGUUAGAAGAUGGGUGACCGCUUGAGAAAAAAAAGGAAUUGUUGAUUUGUUUAUUGUUUACAGGAUUGUAUACUGUUUAUAUUAUACAUUUCUACGGAUUUUGUAAUUGGGGUUUAGUUAAUUUAAAAAAACUACUUCGUAAAUAAAAUAAAAAUAAUACAGUUGUAAUAAAACAAAACAACACCGAUUCUUGUCUGAUCACUGAAGUGAAGCAACGUUGGGCGCGAUUAAAAAAUAGUACUUGGAGGGGGGGAGGAGAAUAUCUUGGCAUUAUAAUUGUAUACUGUUUAUAAUUAUACCUCUCUUAAUAAAACAAAACUACUUCGUAAAUAGAAGCACAAUACACAGUGUAAUAAUUGCUAAAAAUAAAUGGAAAGAAUUCACAAGAAACAAAGUUUCUUUUCAUUUGCAGCGAACGAAUUUGUACGAAUACGAGUGGGAGUAAACUGUAUACAAAUUAGAUUAUUAUAAAUUAAGAACAAUCUAGUUUCGUGGCUCUGAAGGUUCGGUCAAACAUUUGUGGAAACCCUCGAGUACAAGUAGUUGACAUAAAAUUAAGUUAGUCGGAUCAAACUCACUAAAAUUCUAAAUACAAGGACCACUAAUAUUUAUGGCGUACGAGAUCGCGUAAAAAUGUGCGAGUGUGUUUGACGAGUUACUGUAUUUAAUUCAACUCGUAGCAACGAGUGAUCGCCGCGCGACAGGAUACGGGGGAAAGUGACGUUCUUUGUUUCAGACCUCGGUUAAUUAAUUAGUUGUUUACACCGGUUCUGUUGUUCACGCGCCUCUUAUCAACGAUGUUACAUCAAAGCUAAUCAAAAGCUCGCGACAGGAUCGUGUCGACGGGUCUCUCUCCUCGUACGCAGUAAAAUUCAAAAGUCUCGCCUCCUUCCACGGAACGACAAAUAAGCGAAAGGCGCGUAUUCAAGGAAAGACCAAAAAGAAAAAAAUUAGAACAAAAAAAACGUUGUCUCGUAUUCGUAGAUUUCCGGUUUUUGAUCGGUGGCGAAAGACAUAUCACGGACGACGAUUUUUUUGACGAUCGACGAGGAAGCUCUUUCGGCGGGGAAGGAAACAAAUAAAUAAACGGGAGAGUUUAGAGCGAAGCGAGUGUCGAGGCAUUCGCGAAGAGAAACGGGCAAACGGCUGGCAUCGCUAUAUACAAAAUGGGACCGUUUAAAGAUAAGAUAAUUUCUAAUUUUAUCGCUCGAUUCCUUCGCCCAAAUCGCGACAGCCGCGUCGGCGAAAUGUGAUUUCGUCCAGCGGCUGCCGUCUAGCGAGAUCGAUCGCAGAGAGGUCGAUUCGAAGCUAACGGGGGGGGGAAGCAUUUUUCUCUUUUGAUCGCGGCGCGUCGACGCGCCAACCAGGAGGUUGAAUUUAUAAAAAAAAACCAGUAAAGACUUACCUCAGUAAUGUAAUGUACGCAAGAAUCAAACGUCUUUAUGAUCGAGAGUACGUAUAUAUACUGUAGCGCUGAUCGUCCUUUGUAUAUUUUCCGUAUUGUAAAUAACUUAUACAUACGCCUUACCGGUAAUUAUUGCUGUACGAUAACCGUCGACGUGCGCAUUAUUUAAUAUUUAUGCGAAUAUUGGAACGAGGUUUCAGCCGCGAGCUCGCAGAAAAAGCGACGCGCGUCGAGGAUCCAUUUUCUUUGUUUUGUCGAUCAUUUUGUAGAGGCCAGAAAUGGAUUGUACAACUCUCAUUCCUCAAUUUUGUACAUAUAUAUAUAUAUAUAUAUAUAUAUAUAUAUAUAUUCGAUUAUCGGUUGUGUGUGACAUUUGAUUAUUUAUUAGUACCUUGAGUCGGUUAGAAUAGCACGUAGCUCUGUUUUUAUAUGUGAAAUUUUGUCUUACGUACUUUUCGUUAGCUGAUCUUUUAUUAAUUUCUAUUAAUGGUCGUUCGACCUGUGUUUUUCAUUUAAGAAAGUAUAUUUUAUCGUGAAUAAACGAGGUGGCAAAUUUAUUAUUGGGAUGAAAUUGAUUUUUUUUUUUUAUUUACAUUAAAAAUAGAAUAAAAAUCGACAUGCGUUGCUUUUUCUCGAAACGAGUCAAGCGACGAAUCGAUAAACACAGAGAGUUGCGUGCACGUGAACACGAGCAGUAACAAAAGGAGGCCUAUGUUAAUCGACACUCUCUGUAUCGUUUCUUCUACUUCUUUUUUUUUCUUUUUCGACGGGCGGACGAGUACGAUAAAUUAGCGACUAAAGAUAGUUAAUGCGUUUAACCAGGGGGGGGGGGGGGAAACAAAUUUUUUGGAGAACUAUAUACCGAUAGUUAUCGAAGUGUGACUGAGACAGCACGAGUUUCUUCGGCAAAUAUUUAUUACUAUUAUUAUUUAUCGAAAGAAAAAGAAUGUAGUUAUAUUUAACGGAGCGUUUCGUUCGCUUGUUAUGUUUUGAAAGAGAUAUAAAAAAAAAAGAAAGAAGCGCGGGGCGACUUUUGUUCAUUGUCGCGAUAUGUACAGUGUGUGUGAAUGCGUGUGCGUGCCAGAAAGUAAGAAAGCAAGAGAGAGAGAGAGAAAGAGAACGUGCAAGAGUGAAAGAGAACUCAGAUAAAAAAUACAUAGAUUGAGAGAGAGAGAGAGAGAGAGAGAGAGAGAACGAGAGGCGGAUGAGAAAAAUAUAACGAAAAUGCAAAUUUCGGGGAACGAAUAUAGUUUAAGGAGGCACCAAAAAAGAAAACUGAUUAACUCCGUAGGACAAACAAUUUAACCGUGAUCACAAUUACCGAGUCAACAAAUUUAGGAAACAGCGACGAAUGCACUUCUUGGUGUACAAUAUGAAUAUUAAUGCAGAUAAUAGCUAUACAUAUUAUUAUAUCAAUUGUCAGUGGUAUUACAAUAAGAGAUGAUAAUUUUAUAUUUACAAGAUAGAAAAAUCGUUGAAUCUAAAUGAGUGUAAUAUACGUCUGUACUAUGAAAAAAGAACACAACACCCCCACAUGCAUACAGAUACUCUCCACUCGUAAACACCCUUUGCGCCCCACUCCUCACAUACCCCCACUCUUCACGAUCCCCAAAAUUCCAUGCUAGGACAAAAACUAGGGAAGCUAGCUUAUUUAAUA